GUUUGUAAAUGCAUCAUAAACAGACAGCCCAGAAUGAAGAAAGCAAGCAGGAGUGUUGGCUCAGUGCCCAAAGUGCCUGGAGUAAAUAAAGCUCAAACAAGUGAAAAAGCCAAACCAGAAAACGGCUCCUCAGUGUCUGCAGUAACAAAACUCUCCAAAACCGGGACAUCGACAUCGCUUUUGAAGACUAAGAGUAAUGAUGACCUCUUAGCAGGGAUGGCUGGUGGCGGUGGAGUGACGAUGACCAACGGUGUCAAGGCCAAGAAGAACUCUUGUGUAUCAACAGCAUCUUCAGCUCCAGGGGCAGCCAUGAACAGUCUGGAAAACAAACCCAAAACUAUUGCAGGUACAAGUUCCACAGCUAAGCGUAGCACUUCGUCUGGAAAUAAAGAGUCGAGCUCUUCUAGAGAGAGGAUCCGGGAUCGUUCUCGUUUGAGCCAGAGCAAGAAGCUGCCUCUGGCAGGACAGGGGCCCAGUGACAUGGUGCUGGCAAAGCGCUCCCGCUCCCGCACCAACCCAGAAUCCGAUAUCCGCAUGAGCAAGUCCAAGUCAGACAAUCAGAUCAGUGACAAAGCUGCGCUGGAAGCAAAGGUGAAUGAUCUUCUGACAUUAGCAAAAACUAAAGAUGUGGAAAUCUUGCAUCUGAGAAAUGAAUUAAGGGACAUGCGUGCUCAGCUGGGACUCAACGAAGAUAACCUUGAGGGGGAUGAAAAAUCUGAAGAGAAAGAAGCUAUUGUUGUCCAUCAGCCAACUGAUGUUGAGUCUACACUGCUCCAGUUACAGGAACAAAACACUGCCAUCCGAGAAGAGCUCAACCAGCUGAAGAAUGAGAAUCGAAUGUUGAAGGACAGACUAAAUGCUUUGGGCUUUUCUUUGGAACAAAGGCUGGACAACUCUGAAAAGCUCUUUGGCUAUCAGUCUUUGAGUCCGGAGAUUACAGCUGGCAACCACAGUGAUGGUGGGGGCACUCUGACAUCUUCAGUGGAAGGUUCUGCUCCUGGAUCAAUGGAAGACUUGUUGAGUCAGGAUGAAAACACUCUCAUGGACAACCAACACAGUAACUCCAUGGAUAAUUUAGACAGUGAGUGCAGCGAAGUUUAUCAGCCACUGACAUCAAGUGAUGAUGCCUUAGAUGCUCCGUCAUCUUCUGAAUCUGAAGGAGUACCAAGUAUAGAAAGAUCUAGAAAGGGAAGCAGUGGCAAUGCAAGUGAAGUAUCUGUAGCUUGUCUGACAGAACGGAUACAUCAGAUGGAAGAGAAUCAACACAGUACAGCUGAAGAGCUCCAAGCCACGCUUCAAGAGCUUGCAGACCUGCAACAAAUAACACAAGAGCUGAACAGCGAGAAUGAAAGACUCGGAGAGGAAAAAGUAAUUCUAAUGGAGUCUUUGUGCCAGCAGAGUGACAAACUGGAACACUUCAGCCGUCAGAUUGAGUAUUUCCGGUCCCUUUUGGAUGAACACCAUAUUUCCUAUGUAAUUGAUGAAGACAUGAAGAGUGGGCGCUACAUGGAGCUGGAGCAGCGUUACAUGGAGCUGGCGGAGAACGCUCGCUUCGAGCGGGAGCAGCUGCUGGGCGUUCAGCAGCACUUGAGCAACACUUUGAAGAUGGCAGAACAAGACAACAAGGAGGCCCAGGAAAUGAUAGGGGCAUUAAAAGAAAGGAAUCACCACAUGGAACGGAUUAUUGAGUCAGAGCAGAAGAGCAAAACAGCUCUGGCGUCUACCUUAGAGGAGUACAAAGCCACAGUAGCCAGUGACCAGAUUGAGAUGAACAGGCUGAAAGCUCAGCUAGAGCAUGAAAAACAGAGAGUGGCCGAGUUGUAUUCCAUACACAACUCUGGAGAUAAAUCAGAUAUACAAGACCUGCUGGAGAGUGUCAGGCUGGAUAAAGAAAAAGCAGAGACCUUGGCCAGUGGUCUGCAGGAAGAGCUGGCACACACCCGCAACGAUGCUAAUCGAUUGCAAGAUGCCAUUGCUAAGGUCGAAGAUGAAUAUCGAGUGUUCCAAGAAGAAGCCAAGAAGCAAAUUGAGGAUCUCAACGUGACUCUAGAAAAGCUUCGGACAGAAUUAGAUGAAAAAGAGACUGAGAGGAGUGACAUGAAAGAAACCAUCUUUGAGUUGGAGGAUGAAGUAGAGCAGCACCGUGCUGUGAAGCUUCAUGACAAUCUUAUCAUAUCCGAUUUGGAGAAUACAGUUAAAAAACUUCAGGAUCAAAAGCAUGACAUGGAAAGAGAGAUCAAGAAUCUUCACAGGAGACUCCGGGAGGAGUCAGCAGAAUGGGAGCUGGAGGAGAUAAAGUCACGCAAGCAGGAAGAAGAACGUGGUCGAGUAUACAAUUACAUGAAUGCAGUAGAGAGAGAUUUGGCAGCUCUGAGACAAGGAAUGGGCCUGAGUCGCAGAUCCUCCACCUCCUCAGAGCCAACUCCCACUGUGAAAACGCUCAUCAAGUCCUUUGACAGUGCCUCCUCCCAAGUUCCAAGCCCUGCUGCUGCCACAAUUCCUCGCACUCCCCUGAGCCCAAGUCCCAUGAAAACUCCCCCAGCUGCUGCUGUAUCCCCAAUGCAGAGGCAUUCCAUAAGUGGGCCAAUCUCAUCUUCAAAACCCCUUGCUACACUGACAGACAAAAGACCAAGCUAUGCAGAAAUUCCUGUUCAAGAACAUUUGUUGAGAACAUCCUCCACCAGCCGGCCGGCGUCUCUGCCAAGAGUCCCUGCUAUGGAAAGUGCCAAAUCUAUUUCAGUGUCUCGAAGAAGCAGUGAAGAAAUCAAACGGGACAUCAGUGCACCUGAUGGAGCAUCCCCAGCAUCUCUCAUGGCAAUGGGUACCACCUCACCACAGCUGUCCCUCUCAUCUUCUCCUACAGCAUCAGUCACCCCUACAACCAGAAGCAGAAUAAGGGAAGAGAGGAAAGAUCCCUUGUCUGCCCUGGCAAGAGAAUAUGGAGGCUCCAAGAGGAACGCCCUUCUGAAGUGGUGCCAGAAGAAAACAGAGGGCUACCAGAAUAUUGACAUCACAAACUUCAGCAGCAGCUGGAAUGAUGGCCUGGCUUUCUGUGCAGUGCUCCACACUUACCUCCCAGCCCAUAUUCCCUAUCAAGAACUGAACAGCCAGGACAAGAGAAGAAAUUUCACUUUGGCUUUUCAGGCAGCUGAAAGUGUUGGCAUCAAAUCUACUCUGGACAUCAAUGAAAUGGUGCGAACUGAGCGUCCAGACUGGCAGAAUGUCAUGCUGUAUGUUACAGCAAUUUACAAAUACUUUGAAACCUGAACCCUAAUCAUUCGUCAGAUCCAUGGGAUACAACCACCAUGAGCUACCAGAUGGAAAUCUUACUGAAAUGCUGAUCCCCAUUUCACUGAAAACUGGCAACAUUUGAGUCCCCUCCAACUUCAGUGACACUAGCAUGGAUUGCCUCAGAUCGCUUCAGCUACUAAGCAUGGAAACAACUGUUUAAAAGCAAGAACUUGUUGCCACAGUGCUUGGAAUAACCCAAGUUAUUAAGCUAUUCAGAUUAAUUAUGUAGCCUAAAGAGCCUGAACUACUUCUGUGCUGCCUUUCCAGUCAGACUUCCUGAAACUUUCUUUGCUGGGAGAGUAAGAUGAAUGCUUCCUCUGGCAUAUAGGAGACUGAAUGUACAGAUAAAGCUUUGAGAAGGAAAAGGAUAACAUGGCAUCAUAUUACUGAACUUUCUGUAGCAUCCUGAUUCCACAGACUCUGAAUAUUCUACCCACAGCAUAUGGCAGCCCAAAACAGUAGAGUUCUUAAUGGUAACUUAGUUACUGCCUAUAUAGCUAUUUUCCAUCCUUUAAAAUGUGCACAAUAUUCUAGGAAAACAAGCUUUGAAUCCAUAAUGAAAAAUUGAGGGGAAAAGUGCUCUUGAUACCUCAAAAAAUCUGGCACAGAAGAAGUCUUCAUUCUAAAGCUUCAUUAUAAGCCUACCUCUGUCACAAUGAUGUGGCUUUCAUCUUUAUCUUAUGGAUUGUAAAGACUAGCACAUGCAGCUCCUGGCUUUCAGGGUACACUACACUUCAAGGAAUCUGUGUAAAGUCCCUGUGCUUCCACUCUAACAGAAAUGAAUCAAUAAUCACCCCUUGUCUGGCUUGUUCUUUGCUCUCUUCCUCCUUUGCCUGUGCAGCACACGCAGCCACCCCGGGCUUUCCUCUACAGCAAUACGAGCACACGCCAUGGAUAUCUGUGGUAGAAGUUUGGAACUGGGAUAGCGUUUCCUUUGUAGAGAAGAUAUUCUCAACAAGAUGUAAUAAUGAAGUAGUUUGUCUCAAAAUCCAGCUUUGCCAUGUUUUCUGUGUGUUUUUCAUUGGUCUUGCACAUCCUCAUCUGAGUGACAGAAGGUGAGAUGUUCUCUGGGAAGGACUGUGGAGGAACUGAUGUAAUGUGUGUACACCCAGUAGUCUCAAAUAUUGCAUGGAAAUGACUCACUGUCACAAGGAAGGAAUUGAGAAACUUUAGUCUGCUCAACUUCUUUUUUUUCUGAAAAUGUACCUGAAUUCAUUUAGCAGCUCUUGGGCAAAAGAGUUUAAGUGCCUUAGCGAUCAUUGAGUUGAUACGUCCUGGCACUUCAGGGCCUGGUGUGGAAUGUUGAUGGCUCCCAGCGGUUUCGUGGCUCCAUUUGUCAUGAGCUGUUUGUUGUAAUUUUGUUUGUCAAAUCGAGGGGAGACUUCACUCUGUCAUUGCUUCUGCCUCUUGCUUUUCUGAACACUUACCAGCAGUUCAGCCACGGAAGAUCUCAUUAAUAUUAAGCAGAAGCUGACUUGAGCAGUGAGUUCUGUAACAGCUGCUAUUUAUAAGCACAGGCUCUUUCAGCAGUAACCCCAUUGUAAAGAAAAUAAAUCUGUUCUAUGGUGCUCUUCCGACUGUUAAGGACAGUUUGAAUGUCAUAGAUGUUAACCCAGUGAAUGCAACUGUGCUUGGCAUCUGUGAAACUUCUUCAUGGUAUAAAAGCACAGAUUUAACUCAGAAGUAUUGCCAAAUCCAAAACCCCAUCAUCUGAAGAACAUAGCCCACGUGAAGAGUAAUAACUCAGCAUGUCUCUAGCAUUGUAUAAGAAUACACAUUUACACUGAUAUGUGCCUGUGAGAAUUAUGGAACUUUGCAAAACAACUGCUUAACCUCUGCUGAGGGCCUUUGGAGAAGUUUUCAGAGCAGCAGUGUCUCAAACAUUCUUACAGCUCUUCAGAAGUAGAUACCCUCAGAUUAUUAAUUGGUGCAUUUGAAGAGCCAACGUAAUCUAAAAACAAUUGUUGCAGGAGAGGUUUCAAGUGAAACAUCUUCAUUAAUAGAUUUUAAUAAAAAUCUGAAAUGUAUCUUCCUUUCCUCUAUAUUUCUUCUAAUUUUUUUUUUGCUUCAUUAGUUUUAAUAAGAAUGGUCUUAGUGCAAAUACACAUUAUUGCUGUCUUGCUUUCUAUCCUCCUAUAGUUAAAUUCCAGAUUUUGCCAAUUGGUGUUUAAGAAACCCUUCUGUUUAUCCUCUGAACAGAUAUCUAUGAUUGUCUUAUUCAUUGCCUUAGAGUUAAAAAAAAAUAUUUUUCUAAUGGAAAGGAUAGCAUUUCUUGAUCUAAAUUCACUCAUGACCUGUUUUGGUGAGGUAAUUCAAACUUUGAGCUGAUUUUUUUUUUUUUUGUCCAAUGGUCAUCUUGAUUUACCUGGAAUGUUGUCAGAAUCCUUAAAUGCAAUAACCCUGAGAGUGUAACCAUUUGUCAAAUGAGAAAUCACGUUUGCCAGAUCCAUUCUGUUAAAAAUAUGAGCUGCUGGUCUCCAGAAGGGAAGAGAGACAAAAGCUAGCAGUAAUUAUAGAAGGGAUCUUGUUAUGAACUUCAGAGCUCUGUAAACUUCUUCUUGGUGUGAUCUGAUAAAACUCUGUGAAUCCAGCCCAGGAACCCUGAGCUUUGUGAAGAGGUUUUUGUGUCUGAUGUGUCUGAGCCUUUACAUGUGAGGUGCUGCACAGCUGCCAAGUGGAAGGAAUGAAGCAAUGGAAGAUCUAAAGCAAACACAAUGCCCUGCUGCACUCUAUAAUGUGUUUUUUUCUGAAGGUUCAAACCACAUUCAACUGUUCAAGAGGAAAAAUAGCAGUAGCCCUUCUGGAUGUGGAAUAAAUAUACUGUUGUGUUUGGUUUCUGUUCAUAUUUAAUCCUGAAACAGCCUUUGUUUUUUAUAUGUGAAAUGCAAGUUGAUGCUGAUUUACUUUCCUUUUAAUCCAGAAGGUAUUUCUGAAUGUACUGAAUCUAUUGUCAUCCAUUUAAAUUUUACUAUGUGCCUUGCAAAUGCCUGUGCUGUAGAAUAUCAGGGUUACUCAUGGCCAGCUGUAGGGUGGGCAACAAAAUGGAGCUGUGGGAUAUCCUGAUGCAGGUACAGCUGUGUUAUCCUCUGGAUCCUGUGGAUGGAAACACUUCCAUAGGUGUUACACUUCAUUUGCUUUCCAGUUGGUUUUGUUUAAUCCAGUUUGAUUUGGCUGUUUAUUUAAAUGGAAACACUAAUUUAGUAUCUCCAGUGUGAAUCUCUGUCCCUCACAAAAAACAUUCCCAUGCCUCUGAAAAACUGAGUGAAAUUUUCCCUUUUAAAUUUGUGUUUGUGGAUAGUUCAUCCAGAAUAUAGUAUAUAAUUAUGAUCUAUUCUGAUUUAAAGCUAGACUUUUGUGUCUCUUACAUAUAAUAUAUUCUUCAAGUUACAAGUAGUGUUUCUGAUAAUUUUUUGUCUCCAAUUUUAUGAAAUAUUUCCACUGUUGUGUUUUUCUGUCAAGUUCAUCAUCGUGUCUUAGAAGGCCCUUAAUUUGCCAGAGCUAAAUGAACUCUGCUUUAAUUUAUUGGUGUAAACUCCUUUUAAGGUCCCUGACAGCAGUGAUGCUCUGGUUUUAGGUGCAUGAGGAGAAAUAAAUUGGACCCCUCCUGUAAUGGUGCAGUACAGUGGUUUAAGCUGCUGAGGAUCUGCCUUGUGAAUUGUGUAGCUGUGACAUUGGAGUCUCUUUUCUGUUACUGAUCUCAGCGUUAAGUUUUUAGCUAUUUCUUCAGUUUCAACACUCCAGACAUUUGGGUUCUUCUGCAUCACCAGAAGAUUAUUUUCACUCAGUUCUAUUUCUGUACAGAUUUGGCCCAGGGCACAGUUUUUAUUCCAGCCUAGUUUUAACCAAGAUUAUUUGGGAAACUGGAGAUUUGGAGAACUUGUGGGUGUUUUUCUUCCUGCCUGUGCCUGGUCUGGGGACACUGCCUGGAGUUCAGGUGGUGUGUGAUGGUUCCUUCCCAAGGCUGAAGUGAUGCAGUGACACCUUUAAACCGUGUUCCUGUGACUCCUGUGGUGACAUCACUUCUGGUUUGCCUCUUGCAAUUAACACAGCCCCAAGCAGGAGCUCCUAAGGGCCAAAACUCUUCUGGGAGGGAACCCAUUUAUACACCUUCAUGCUAAUUUUUGCCUCUUGUGAGUUAUGCUGAGGUGGUCUAGAAAGAGGACCUUAAAAUAGUCAUGUCCAUGUAUGGACUGAGUUAACUGUACAGUUUGUUUGUGAUCCUUCCCUUGACUUGGUAAAUAUUUAUUUCUGUUUGAUUUUUAUGUUCUGCACAGCUCUAUUUCUGCAAUUCCUUUCUUUUAGCUACCAUUGGUGUAUCCCUUUCUUUAAGCUAAUAUUAACCAGUUUGAGAAAUUACUUGUUAAGAAGUGCUAUUAAAGUGUCUUCAUCAGCCAUGAGUUCUGGACAUGCCAUUGUGCUUUCCCAGGUUAGUGUGUGUUGACUGGCAAAACACAGACAUCUCUUAAUACAUUUCAUUGUCCCUAUUUAGCAAGAUAUCUUUAAUAGUGUUUCUGCAUUCACAGGAGACUGGCUGGAUGGGUUUUAAAUUACUGUGUGGCUUGCUGUGUCCCUCCUUCAUCUGAGGUUCUUCUGUUGUGUUCCCUGAUUUCAGAAUCAGUCUUGUAGAAUACUCUAUAAUUAUCUAACCCAAGAUGUUAAGCAUCUGGAAUAUGUAGCAAGUAUGCUGUGGAUAAUUAAUGUUAAAUAACUUAAAAGGUCGAGGUAUGUACAGUUCUGAUUUCUGUUAAUUAAUACAAGUCUUUUUUCCUUCUGCUACACUUGCCAGUUGUUUGGAUGCAACACCCUUGAACUCAGUUUGACAAAGCCAUUGUCCUAUCUCCUUGAGCUGAUUCAUUCUGGGGUAUUAGAAUUAUUUCCUCCCAGUGAAACUUUAGUAAAACCUAUGAAUACCAGAUGACUUCCUUCCAACUGACAUUAGAUUUUGCUUGGAAUAUUCCUUACCCAAAGGCCACUGUCUGCCUCAGAGUUGCACAGAAAGUUCCCAUCAAUCCCAGCAGAGCUUGGGGAUGCAGAGCAGUAGGAUAAACUUCUGGCAGAAAAUUACAGCAGCCUGAUACAAUUAAGCUGGUUUCAUUUUAAUCCCCUAUUUUCAGGGGGUUUCAGUUUAGGUAAAACCAUUCACUGAAAUUUGAAAUGUGGCCUGUUAGUUCUCCACUGGGAAGUAUGCUUCUGUUUAAUAAUAUUUUUGAGAUUGUAUUUAUGGAAAUGGAAAGGAAAAUGUCAUAAAGCUAGUUUUGUUGCACUUUUCUAAGGCUUUUGUAUUUUGCAUAGUUCUAGAAUAUGAGGAAGUUGCUUGGGGAAGUCAAGGCUUGGAACCUGCUCUGCCCCAGCAUAGCAAUGUAUAAUGUGCAUUUUCACCCUAGUGAUCCAUGUUUUAUUUUAAUUGCAUGUAUCUGGUGUAUUUAUGUGCUAGUGAGGGAGCCCAGCAGACAUUUCCUGCUGCACAGGAGCCAUUGGCAGUCCCAGUUCCACAGCUCAUGAACUGACCUGUUCUGACUGUGGACUGCACUUGCAAUAAUGGAAUAAUCCAUUUUUGAUUCUGAACUCUUUCAACAAGUGGGGAGCCAGGGGCUCUUUUUUCUGGUUUGGGUUUUUUUGGGGUUUUUUUGAGUUUUUGGUUUGUUUUUUUUUAUUUUUUUUUAUUUUUGUUUUUUAUUUUUGUUUUGGGUUUUUUUUUGUUUUGUUCCAUUGUUGCAAUGUCUCUGGAAGCUUUUAAUGGUUUCCAAUUAUUGCAUAUGUUCAGUUAGGAUGGUUACUUGGGAAUCAGUUCAGCUAGGAGAACACAAAUACAUGUAACACGCUCAAGUAAUUAAUCCUUGUAACUUACAACAUUUCAGUUUGAUAAAAGUAAGAUAAAACUUUUGGUUUUGUGUAUUGUAAGGUUAAUUUUUCUGUCUAUAAGUAGCACUUUUAUAUGUAUCUGAAGGGUUUUUUUGAACAGAAAUGUGUUUUUUCUGUAUAUUAUCUAAUGGGAAGAAAGUAUAACACUACUAAACAAGGCAUAGACUAGUUUGCCUCCAGACUGUAAGUUCACUUUAGGUCAGUAAUGAUCAAGAGUUGUUCAGUGUAUCUGAAAUAAAUCACAAGUAAUACUGGGCAGCUCCUGAUCAAACCCAGAAGGGCAUUAAUUGGUACCCUCCCCUCUUGGACGAGGGUGCUCCCAGUUCAGGUGUGAGGCAGAGCUGACAGAAGUGUGAUGAGUUUUGGACUUGCUGAAAGAACAGGAUUUUAUUGAUGCCUCAGUCUGACUCCCCAGCACUAUACUGGAUAAAGAUUAAAUUUGUUUGAGAUGACACUACAGCCAGUAAUGGAAUCUCCUAAGUAGCUCAUUUAAAGCUCACUUUCCAUGUGAGGCCUUUAAAGGUGAUGUAAAACCCGGUGAUUCUAAAAGCUCUUCUCAUCCUUCCACCUUCUCUGAUUUGUAUUGGUUUUACUCUUCCUUGAAACACAGCUGCUGUGUGUCAGUCUGUGUAUGGGUUUAGAAAUUCUUCUAGACAAGUGGAAGUACUUUGCUUUUUUCCAGAACCCUUUUGAAUGGUUUACACACACCUUACACAGAGAGAGGCUUUGCAUAAAUGUACAGACGUUCCCACAUGCACACGUGUAAAUGUGUGUGCACAGAUGUGUUCUCCUGCAGGUUCUGAGCGACAUGGAAAGUGUUUCAACAAGUGCUUGUGUCUUGAAUACUUAGGCUGGUCUAUUAGUGUAUAUAUUUAAAUGGCAAGGAGGAAAAUAAAAUUGUUUGCUUCUGGUUAGAGCUGAGAAAUACAGCUUUGAGGAAAAUUUGAAUGAAUGUUCCAAUUGUAUUUCACCCUGUUUCUGGUUUGAAAGGCACAAGUUGGGAAUGAUUGGAGCUAGAAAAGUCAGCAAGCCUGUGUUUAAGCUAAACCUUUUGGAGGACCCAAUAUGCUUUCAGUUUGCAAGGACCACUAAAGACCUGGGCAUUUACUUUCUCCAUAAUGUAUUCUGUAUGAGUAUUUAGUAUGUACGCCUUCAAUUUGCCAAUGUUGCCAUGUUUUCUUAAUUAUUCAUGAAAUAAAGGUUGCAAAUAGCAGAA